CUUCAGACCGCCAUGAUACGCUCGUAGCAGCUACAGCUAUCUCAAAGCCUGUGGCAAACAUGUCGUUAUCGGUCCAACCACCCAAAGCCAUUCUCUUCGACAUCGGUGGGGUUGUUGUGGUAAGUCCUUUCCAGGCCAUCCUAGACUACGAGACGGAGAACAAGAUCCCAAUCGGCUACAUCAACUACGCGAUCCAGAAAGGCCCGCACGACACCGGUGCAUGGCAACUCAUUGAACGCGGUGAAGUUGAACUAAACGACGACUGGUUUGCAUCCUUCAAAGCGCAACUAUCGCGACAUGAGAUAUGGCGCGAAUACCUCGCCAAGCUCACGCAACAACAAUCCCUGGGUGGCGCUGGUGGCUCAGCACUCGAGGGCGGCAAACCACCAAACGUCCCAGAAAUAGAUGUGAAGAAACUCUUCUGGCGCAUGAUGAAGAUCUCCCGCGAACCAGACCCAUACAUGUAUCCCGCGCUGCGCAAGCUGAAGGAAAGUGGGAAGUUUAUCCUCGGCGCUUUCAGCAACAAUAUCACGUUCCCUCCCGACAUACUCGACGAUGAAGGCGUGCUCUUCACGAAAGAGUUACAGCACCGCUCACAUCCAAAUCCGCACGCCAACGAUUCAACAGAUAUCACUACGAAUUUCGAUAUCUGCCUGGGAAGUGCGGCGGUGGGCGUGAGGAAGCCGGAUCCGGAGGCGUAUAAGCUGGCGACGAGGGAAAUGAGCAAGAUCAGUGAGGCCAAGGGAACAGGCAAGGUGGCAGAGGGAGACGUGUUGUUCUUGGAUGACAUUGGGAUCAACUUGAAGUUUGCGAAGAAGACUGGGUUGAGGACUAUCAAGGUUAAUCUAGGGCAAACGAGAGAUGCGGUUAAAGAAUUGGAGGAGGCUACGGGGUUGAGAUUAUUGAACGAGAAGGCGAGGCUGUGAGUACUGCAUUGAAAUCGCUUUUACACGAUCACACCUUCCUUUCUCAUCUCCUGUUGAUUAUGGGAGGCCUGAAGAAGCCGGAAACACCGUUCUUCAUGAUCAAAUUCAUACACCUUUAUCACAG